AUGCUCCUCACCGGCAUCGCCUGGGGCAUCGCCUACACGGACACGGUCGGCGCGACGGUGCGGCUCACCCUGCUGUUCGUCUUCGUGCACUUCCUGGCCGCGUCGCUGCUGGUGGCGACGGCGGCGUUCUUCCUGGUGGGCCGGCUGCUCGGACCGGGCAUUGCGGGAUUGCCGGGGCGGAGGAGACGGCAGGGGCUGUUUACGCAGGCGGGGGAGGGGGAACAGUUGGAAUUCGGGUAUUGUUUUGAUGUCGCUAUACGAGCGUUCUUUCCGGUCUGGGUAUGGUUGUACGUCAUGCAAUUUAUCCUUUGGCCGCUGAUAGCGAGGGACAACUGGGUAUCUAUGUUCUUUGGGAACACUUUGUACCUAGUAGCGUUGGGCUACUAUACCGUCAUCUGCUUCCUGGGAUACAACGCUCUACCUUUCCUUCACCACACCGAGCUCCUUCUCUCUCCCUGUUUUGUGUAUGCUAUACUUUGGUUCGCCAGCCUCUUCGGCUUCAACAUAGCGAAGCACGUCGGUCCUCUGCUGAUAACGGGGGCUGGAUGA